UGCUUUUGGUGGUGGCUGGGCACCUGGAGGUGUUCCGAUGUUCGCUGGCGCAAGGUUAGCCACCGAUUGCGGCAUCGACGUCUGUCUUUAUUGAUGGGUGACUCAGGCCAGACCCCCGCGGCCGAAAAAUUCCCCACCACACAAUAGUCUCGCGGCGUAUUCCCAACUUUUCACACUACGCCCACACACGCCACCGGAGACGCCCAAUUGCUGUGGCGACGCAUACCCUGGACUAUAAACAUUCAGCCGAUACACUUUUCUAUUGAACACCUGCUUGAACAGCGGGUUUCAACACAUUCGCCAUGUCCACAGUCGUCAACGGAUACAUGCACGAGUCCGAGCGGAUAGCUCACACCGAGGAAAAGCACCUGCCGGGUGGCUGGGUGGUGCUCAAGUUUGGGGGAACGAGUGUGGGAAAGUUCGCGGAGAACAUCGCCAGCAUUGUGAAGACUGGCCUCCGCGACAACCGCACCGCUAUCGUUUGCUCCGCCCGCAGCAACAACACGAAGCUCGAAGGGACGACGAACCGGCUUCUCCGCGCCGCGCGAGCCGCUGAGAAAGCGGGCUCCCGCGGCUACGACGACAUCGUCGAGGCGAUCCGCGCCGACCACAUACAGGCAGCGAAGGACACGCUCGUGAACCCUGACAUUCUGGCCGCCUUCAUCGAGGAUGUCAGUGCCGAGUGCGAGAGCCUCACCAAGAUCCUGGAGUCUGCGCAGCACUUGGAGGAGGUCACAAGCCGCGCCGAGGACAAGAUUGUGAGCAAGGGAGAGAAGCUGAGCUGCCGCUACAUGGCCGCGCUGUUGAACGACCGCUUUGUGCCGGCGCAGUACGUCGACCUGUCGGAUGUGGUCAAGUUCAAUGCUCCGACCAAGGGACUUGGUGAGCAGUUCUUUAAAGACUUGGCUGAGGCUAUAGCCAAAGAGGUGGAGACGUGCGGUGACAAGGUCCCCGUCAUUACGGGCUAUUUUGGCAACGUUCCGGGGGGUAUCUUGAGCGCCGUCGGACGCGGAUACACCGAUCUGUGUGCUGCCCUGGUCGCUGUUGGCACCAAGGCGACCGAGCUGCAGAUCUGGAAGGAGGUGGAUGGUAUCUUCACGGCCGACCCCCGCAAAGUCCCUACUGCUCGACUCCUGCCCGCCGUGACCCCCUCCGAGGCCGCCGAAUUGACCUUCUAUGGCUCUGAGGUCAUCCACCCGUUCACCAUGGAGCAGGUGAUCCGCGCCCGCAUCCCCAUUCGCAUCAAGAAUGUUAUGAACCCGCGCAACAACGGCACCGUCAUCUUUCCCGACAAGAUCGACGACAUUGACCCUCACGCUCCUCUCAAGGACCCGAAGCUCUUCCGCACUCGAUCCUCGAGUCUGCUUACCCGCCACCAGCGCCCGAAACGCCCUACGGCCGUCACCAUCAAGCACGAUGUCAUUGUCCUGAACGUUCACAGCAACAAGCGCACUCGCGCUCACGGUUUCCUUAUGAACAUUUUCAGCAUUCUGGACAGAUGGCAUCUCUCCGUCGACCUCAUUUCUUCCUCCGAGGUCCAUGUUUCCAUGGCACUGCAUUCUGAGUCCGCGCUUUUGAGUGGUGGAGGGGAGGAUGAAUACAAGAUUCAAGAUCAAGAUCUUCGCGGCGCCAUCGCUGAGCUGGGCGCCCUCGGCACGAUUGAUAUUGUUCCUGAUAUGGCCAUUGUCAGCUUGGUCGGCAAGCAGUUGAAGAACAUGGUUGGUAUCUCAGGCAAGUUCUUCAGUGUUUUGGGCGAGAACAACAUCAAUAUCGAGAUGAUCUCUCAGGGUGCCAGCGAGAUCAAUAUCUCUUGUGUCAUCGAGGAGCGCGAGGCCGACCGUGCCCUCAACGUCGUGCACACGAAUCUUUUCACGUUUUUGGAAUAGACGAGCAUCUGCAUCUGCGGAGUUGGGACAUAUCGCAUUCGAUCUAGAGGUAUAUACCUGUGUAUUUUUGACAUGCAUGCUGACAUUUGCAUAAGACGGAGGCUUUAUUCCAGCGUCAGUUCUAGAAAAGUCAAAUGUCC